CGAGCGACUCGCUCAGUCUGCGACACACAGUUGAAGCUGAAAGAUCGAUUCCGACCCGACUCGACGAUACCGGCGGUCAGUCCGCAUCCAAGUCAAGUCCAAGCCCGCCUCCGUUCUCCAAUUGCCCGGUGCAAUUCUUAAUUCUCAGUGAAGUGAACGAUUUAUGGAAAUUCAUUGAUUGCAAUUCAAGCCGACAAGUGUGUGAACCAAAAGCAAACCACAUUCCCAAUCACCUGAGCAUCAGUAGCAGCAGCAACAGUAGCCACAUCAUGCAAUUCAGCCGGAUCCAGACAAUGUUGCCCAUUAUAAUAGUUAUCAUCGCCAGCUCGUGCUGCGUACACGGCCAGUCCUAUCUAUUCAGCCUGGAGAAAGUUCUCAACGAGUCCUCCCGCCAACUGCCCUACAACCUGACGAACGCCAGCGGAACCACCGAGGUGGAAUUGCUUCCCGAUACCAUCUCGAACAACACGCGGAUUAUUGUCUACAAGAACACUGUCGUCGAGUCGCCCAACGAUCUAUCCCAGACGGCGAUGGAUGUGAUCACGAUUGUGUGGUAUGUGGCCACGUUUCUGGCCCUGGCCGCCUUCUUCAUGCUGAUGGCCUGCUCGGAUCGCAGAUGCCGCGACAUGAGGCGUCGUCCCGCCGGAGGUCAGUCCACCGAGGGUCUGAGGGCACCACCCACGCCCUCGCCGUCGUACAGUGAAUUUGCACCACCCAGCUACGAUACGGUGAUCAAGAUGCAGCACGCGGCCAAGACGAGUGUCUUUGUGAUACCGUUCAGCAACAAGGCCGGUGAACUGGGUGCUCCAACUUCGGGCACGCCGCCCCCAACUUCCAACCCAUUGCCACCUGCAGUCACCUGCGAUGUGAUCAUCGUCAAUGAACUGGAGAAGUCCGCUGAUUAACCGAUAAGCCAGCCGACGGUGGAUCCAUGGACCUGACCUGGAUCUGGCCUUCCUAUUCCGACUCUGUGAUAUUUGCUGUUUAUGGCAAUGGGCCAAGUAUUAGAUGUCGUAAGAUCCCCCCACAAAAAGACUGACAAUGAAAGAUAUCUUUGUGCGCAUAUGCAUUCAAAUGCCAGUUCAACUGAAACUAGAUGAAUAAGUAAUUACCUGUAAUAAAUCAUAUCGUUAUCGUAAAUGAUUCAUCCAACGGGAUGUUUGCAUUUCCAAGAA